CAGACCAUCGAUGCAAAAUGGAGAAGAAAAGUGAAGGAACCCUGGCUAUUCUAUUGCUGGCUUUAAUACAAGGUGUUCUGGCCUCUGGUGCUGUGGAGAUCAAGCCCUCCAUCAACCCUGUUGUAGUUGGGAACUCUGUGACGCUGUCUCUGUCUCCUUCGAAGAUUUUGAAGAGUGCAAGCUGGGCGGUUGGAGAGUCCCUCAUCCUCAACUGGCUGGGGGACCAGCAGGCGGGCGUCCCUAGUUACAACGGCAGGGCGUCGGUCAACGUCCUCACCGGAGCUCUCACCCUGAGCUCGGUCAAGGUGGCUGACUCAGGACUCUACACAGUGCAGAGCAGUGACCCCCAGCUUAAGGCCAGUGCUUCCAUCACGGUCCUUGAGCCCAUCUCCAAUGUGGCGCUCAGAGCCAAUCAGACCACGCUGAUGGAGUUCAGCAGUUCAGCAGUCGCUACGUGCUCCGUCUCCUCUGGAUCCUCCAUCUCGUUCCUCUGGAUGAACGGCAGCGCUGAGGUUAAAGCCAGCGGCAGAGUUCAGCUCACAGAUGGAGGCUCCACUCUCACCAUGGUGAAUGUGACCCGCUACGACCGGGGACCGUUCAGUUGCCGUGCGUUCAAUCUCAUCAGUAAUGGAUCCAGUGAUCCAGUGACUUUUACUAUCAGCUAUGGUCCAGAUAACAUGGCGCUAAAAAUUAAUGGAAAUAACACGACUUCCUUUCCCAUCGGAUCCAAUCUGACCGUGCUCUGCUCAGCGCAGUCCAGUCCUCCAGCUCGGCUUCAGUGGGCGUUCAGAGGAGAGCCUGUGAACACCACAGGUCCAUUGCUGGAGCUGUUGAGUUUUGGUAAAGACCAAAGCGGUCCAUAUUCCUGUCUGGCCUUCAACAAUCACACCAACAUGACCAGCAAUAUCACCGCACACAUCAUGAUAGCAGAGCCUUUCUCAGGGUCUCAACAACAGGCAGUCAAUGUGAUGCUCCUGCCGCUGCUAUUAUUAGUUGGGUUCCUCGUCAUAUUGCCAGAUGCCGGUGGCUCAUUCAGUCCAUGAAAGACUCUGAAGUAAUGAGAUGAAUCUUGAAGCAAUGAUACAUGAUUCAAAACCAAUUAUAUGUGUCUUGAAAUGUUGUACUUUGAAUUUGAAUAUUAGAAGCAAAUUUGAUGAACUUUGCUCAUUUCAAAUGUUGCUGUCUUUGUUUGGCCUGGAAUGUAUGUCUUGUAAUGUGUUAACGAAUCAAACAAUGAACUCUGGCUGAUAAGAAGUACUCUAAGUGCAUUGAUAAGAUUUUGCACAACCGGAUAACUCAAAUUCAACAAUCAGGGACAGGUAGAUUAGCUGUACUACGCCCAAAUACUGUCUGAUUGUAUGUGAAAUAAAAAUACCGCAUGCGCAGACUCUUUAAGUGUUGUACCAUUAUGUUUUGAUUGGUUAUUCAUAUACUGUAUAGCACUCAGGAUUUCAACUAACAUUGCUUUCAGUAUGUAAGUUAUUUAAUUAGGUAUGUAAAUAAGUAUUGAGAAUAAAAAUAAAAAUAAUACCCUACA